AUGGAUCUGGAUACGACCCCAGGAAUACCGCCCCCAGAUGGCCAGGAAUCACAUUUCCAUGAACCCUAUAACUCGUUGCAAAUAGGGACUGUCAUCGCCUUUGGCAUCACCUAUCUCAUUGCCACGGUUUUCCUCGCUCUUCGCUAUUUCCAGGCUUUCAAGCUGACCAAGAAGAUCGAGAUAGACUUGAUAAUGAACUAUGGCUGGGGAAAGCACAUGUGGAAUGUUAACUUGGAAGAUCUCAUGGAGUUCAAUAAAGGUCUACUCAUCAAUACCUUGACUUAUUUGAUAUGUCCAUGCAUCACCAAGAUGGCCAUUCUAUCUGUCUUAUUUCAAAUCAAUCCUGCGAAGAUAUAUCGUUGCCUCGUCGUGGCUGUCGCACUGGCGAUCUUUGCGUACACUCUGACCUUAUGCAUCAUCACCGGAGGACCAUGUAACCCUCUCCACGCAGGAACCACAGCCUGUCUAGAAAACGUCGCCUUAUCCCAGGCAGUUCUGAACAUUGCCUCUGAUUUGGCAGUGAUUGCCAUCCCCAUCCCAACGAUACACCGUCUCCAUUUUUCAGAGAAACAAAAAGUCACGGUCGGCUGUCUGCUGACUCUGGGAUCUAGUGUCGUCAUUUGCUCCAUAGCACGCCUACCAUACGUCUUACUCCUCGGCAAAACCGCUGACACAACUUAUACCGAAGCCAUCCUAGGAGUGUGGUCCCUUGUCGAGGUCAACCUCGGUAUCAUAUGCGCCUGUGCAAUGCGGUUCAAGCGCCUAAUAUCGAUAUAUCUACCGCGGCUUUCGCUAUCCCCAUCGCACACGCCCCGUACUGCGAAACUCACAGAGGACACACCUAUGAAUAGGUUCCAGCCCAAAAAUACUGGAGGGCAACACUCGUACCAGCUACACAGCAUCCAUGAUGGAAAUCCCGAUCCGUUAGCUGGCACGAAAGAUAUCUCCGUCCACCGAUCGUUUAAGGUGGAUGAAGAACGUACAGAUUUGUACCGCAGAGACAAUGAUAGCACUGACAAAAUUUUAGCUUGA